ACAUGUGAUGGGGAGGCUUUAUUUCCAUCCAAAUGGCAGUGUUUCUGGAAGAGAGUGGAUGGUUAAGCCAUUGUCUUUUGCCAAACUCAGAUUAACCAAUUGCCCUACUGCAGAAGAAGGCAAUGCAAUCCUUCAUUCAAUGCAUCGAUAUAUCCCCCAAUUGCACAUUAUUGUGGCUGAUGGAAUCAUUGAGAAGCUAAACCUGAAUGAUUCCCCGUGUCUACACAUUUGUCUUUCAACAAACUGAGUUCUUUGCUGUGACAAAGUAUGAAAAUAAAUUUAUCAGGCAGCUAAACACUUCUAUAAUCCCUAUGGCACUGCACUGCGUGACAUAAAGACCUCCAAACAGGAUGGUGCAAAUAGCCGAAGGCCUCGGAAGCGAUGUGAAAAGAAGCCCUUCUUCAAUGUAGUAAAAAUACACAGUACCACAAAUGAUCAAGAGUCUGAGCAGAAACUGAAGGCAAUUAUUCCCUUAAAGGAUGGUGCAGGAAAAAUCCAGGAAUGUACAAAUAAUCAAGAACCUUUGAAACGAAUGAGAAGAAUUACACCUGUAGAAAAUGUAUUGCAAAUAAAACAGUCAUUCAGUUUUGAAGGUCCUCCGGACAGGAUAGCAGAGAUUGAAAAACUUGAACAGAAACUACGGGAAGAGCUGAGAUGGAAUGGAUCGCAUGAAAUACUGCAUCCAGUGCUACAGAAAUCUGGCAUAAAGUUAAGUGGCCUUCAGCCCACUGAGUGGCUAAACUUGAAAUAUUUAGGACAGGCUUUGUAUCAUGGGCACUCUGUUCCCGGUUCUGAGCAGAAUGUUGAAUUGAAUUAUUCCUCUUUUCUUGGAGCGGAGACGCAUGGAAUUCGAGAAACUGGGAUUCCAUUUAUUUCCCGGACAGGAAAAACAAAUGAUCUCACCAAGAUUAAAGGUUGGAAGAAUAAGUUUAAUCUGCAGCCUGGGUCACCUGAUGACAAACCAAAUCCAUUACCUACAAGUGCCACCACUACAGUUAUUAAAAAUAGAUCAGCAUUUGUUAGUGAUCUGCUUGAUGAAUAUCUGGAGAAAGAAGGGAAGAUUAUUGAACAGCAGUCUCUGCUGUAUGACUACAACAUGCCUGAAAUUGGUUGUCAUACUCCUAACUUGUUUGAUUCAUCAUGCAAUAUUCAACAAAACACUACUACCCGUUCAUCUGACUUGGUUGUGCCACCAAAAGAUAAAUCUUCAUAUUUGGAAAUGUCACCUGUGUUAGAGAAACACUUCAGCGUUACAAACAAAGGGAUAUUCAUCAGAGAUGUACAAAGCAACAGCGUGGAUGGGAAGGCGAGGUGUAGAAAGCCAAACAGCAAUUCUGUGGCUAAAAGGUCAAAAAUACCCAGUCAAUAUAAGAAUGCUACACGAUUAACUCAUAACAGUAGCCAGUCUAGAUUUCAUGCUACAUCCCCACAAAAGAAACAACUGAAACCAAGUUCUACAAACCUUAAGGUUGUGCAUGUAACAUCAAGUCCCAAAGGUGGAAAGAAAUCCAGCACUUCAGGAAGUCAAAAUGAAGCAAUAUACAUUUCAGAUUAUAAAAAUGGUGAAGAGCCAGAAGAAAGAUGUAAGCAGCUACCGAUGACCACAAGCAGAUCGUCUGACUCUAAAACCGUUGAGAUAAUAUCCUACUGUGCAUGGAAUGAAAGUCGUGUUAAGAUUAUUAAGCUGAUCGCAGAGUGUGCUAUGGCUAAUAAACUUCCCUGUACACAGCGGUUAGACAGAUAUGAAAUUCAUUUGGAAAAAAGAGAAGGGACUCUGUUGUUUUCCCCGAAGAAGCAAGUUGAUUUAAGAGCAACCAUCCAGAAUUUCUCUGACUCUGAAUGUGUCUUUGACAAGCCAAUGAUGCAAACUAUGGUGAUUGAAGCUGUGGUUGGCAACUCUGCUUUUAAAGCAAAACUGAGUCAUUUAAUAUCCAAGGCUUCCAAGAAUAGCUCCAACCAACCGCCUGUGGAACAGCUUAGUUCACCAGUUCAUGUUGUAAUGGAUUUAGAAAAAAAUGCAUCAUCACCUGAAAAGUCCCCGAGUGUAACCAGUUGCACUACUUCCCUAUCUAAUAGACUGACUACAGAAGAUCAACCUCAAUCACCUCCUGUGUCGAUAGCCCAGCAAAGGGAACAAGAUGUGUUCAUUGCAACCACUGACACUACAGUGAAAGAUGUUCCCAAAGCCCCCUCUUCUAUUAGAUCUGCCAUCACUACAUUCCAGAAGAUUGGGGCUUUGAGUACAUUGGCGACCAGUACAACUCUAACACCUACUUCAAGCUGCUUUGUGAAUCCUGUUGCAUCACAAAACAAAACUGAAAACCCAUCUACUCCAACCCGUUACCUAUUGUGUAAGACCAAUUCUUCUGGAUUGACAUUAGGACCAACUGACUCUCUUGAUCAAGAUGGCCGACAGUGCUCCGUCUCAGUCACAAGCACCUUGAAGCUACAGACAGGAGACAAUCUAAUGCUUCAGCCUAUUAAAUGUACAGAUGGCCGACAGUUAUACAAGCACUCCAGUGGGAAAGUAUUCCAACUAGUUUACACAAAGACUCCAGAGCAAAUCCCAGUGCAACAGUUUGAUCGCCCUCAAUCACCCACUCUAGGAACCCCUCCACUGGUCGAAAUGCUUGCACCUUCUGCUGCUGCUUUGGUAGGUGAUAGUAACACUCCUCAAUGUAUAACGGCUGCUACAAGUUCAGAAUCGUAUACCAAAAAUGGUCCACCAGAAACGAGUGCCGGGACAGGUUUAUGCACCUCUGCAUCUCUGUGUGAUGUUAUCUGUGAUACAGUACCGCCACAACUUCAGAGUAGCUCUACGACUUGGAAAUUGGUGGAUGAAGCUUCCCCACUCCAAUCACUACAUGUCUUUCCAGAAACUACCACAACAGAGGUCAGACAACACAACAGACCAUAUACUAUCAUUCCUUUGGCUGAUUGCCAGUCCAAACCAAAUACUGAUGAAUUAAACAAUGAUGUACUUGACUUAAAGAUGGAAACGGAUCCAAUGAAAUCGCCUGAGCCAGAAGAAUACAAUGAAAGCACUGGUACUGUCAGUGCCUUUCCUAUGAAAAGUAGAGGCAUUACUGUCACUGGAGCUUAUGAAACAAAAUGGGUACCAGAGAACAGCAAAUUUGAAGAGUAUCACAAAAGGACUGAUCGCACAUCACAAUUUAAUGUACACAAACCCAGAGAAACCCUUGUUAAGAUGGAGAGGGACGUAUCGGAAAUAAAUACCUGUGAGCUGGUUGAUCCCGACGGUUCUGAAAUAUGCACUGUGACGGUAAAGGAGGAACCUUUGAAUGAUGAAGAAGGCAAUAAUUUUACUACUUUAAGAGAUGAUGCAUUUAGAAGCUCCAAGCUGUGGAACCGAUCGUUCAAUUUGAACACAGAAGCUGUGACUGAAGCAGAAUUAGGUGUACAGACUCAUUCCAAUAGUAGAGGUAGAAUUGGAUUUGGAAAGCUGAUGUCCAAAUCAGGAAUGCCUAGAAAUUUAUUAACUGACAAUAAGCCUGAUGUGCCUCACAGGGGAUUUUUCCAGAAUUCACAAUCAUCCACCCACUCCACUCAAAGAAAGGCAUUUGAACCCUCUGUGCUCUGUGAAGCUCGAAAGAAGGCAAUAUUACACAACAUGAGAGAACGAGAGUCCCGCAGGAUGAUGGAAAAUCGUUUCAAAAUACUGAAGAACAAGCUUUUUGAUGACAGGCAAAUAGCCUCAAAGGGUGCUAUCCUUGAUGAGGCCAUUGAUGUAAUCACUAACUUGGAUAGACAGUCUAAAAAUCUAACAAUGGAGAAGGAACUACUUCUGGGGAAACAAAAGAUCCUGUUAGAGAAAAUUUCUCUCUUAUCUGCAGAAAUGGAACCAAUUAUAACACAAGGCGGCAUUGAAGCUGGUGAAAUAAUUGAGACUGGGGAGGCUUUGAGUUUCUCAAGUGAGAGAGACUCCUCUUCUCAGAAUUCCUUUGGAAUGAAAUGGUAUUCAGAAGGUGGUCCUUUGGAUGUCAUGCCUGAUCACAGGACAGAUAGUGGAGUAACUCUGAAAUAUGAGACGAAUUCAGCCAGCUCUGAUGAUAUAGUUGCCGUUAAAGUUGGCGACUACUUGGGUGAGAAGUAUAACAGUCAACUGGACUAUCCUGGUGGUACUGACACCUUUCCAGUGAAAGAGGAGAAUAUUAAUGAUGAUGAAUGCUCUGCCUUCAGUUAUCUAAAGGAACGUUGUUUUGGAAGCUCCAAGUUCUGUAGCUUUUCAGAUUUCAGCACUGAUAUGGAAGCAUUGAAUAAAAUCAACAUGGAUGCACUGGGGUAUGGUGAACCAAAAUGUGGUUGGACAGCCAGGAGGAAAGCAACACAUCACACACUGAGAGAAAGAGAAUCGCGCAAGUUGAUGGAAAAUCGCUUUAAAUUAUUGGAGAGCACAGUUUUCAAUGACAAAAAGGCCCCAAAGGGAGCCAUUCUCCUUAAGGCCAUUAAUGUGAUCAGCGACUUGGAUAUACAAUCGGAAAAACUCUCCAUGGAAAAGGAACUGUUAAUGAAAAAGCAAAAUAAAUUGCUCGAGGAAAUUUCACAUCUGUCAAAUUCAAGGUCUGAAGUACUUCAGGACCAGUCGGAAGAGGAUGGGCGUUUCAGUACAAAGGGGAUCUCUGACAUAGAAGCCUUAACCUUCCAGCAGCCUUCUGAUACACAAUGGCUUGAAAACAGUGAUCCUUCUGAAGCUGCAGAAAUAAACGAUAACGUGGUUUCAAUUGUGUCAGAAUGUCACAAUGAUGAAGGAGUUAAAUGGGAGCAAGAUGAAAUGAAGGUCAGCAGCUUAAAUACAAUAAAGGUGGCAGGAAACUUCAAAGAGAAUUACCAAGAACUUAUGAACACUGAUGGUUAUGACCUCUCUGCAAUAAGACGAAAGGCUUGUAAUGGUAAAGAUGAAGAUGCCUCCUUCACUGUAGGGAAAGAAUCAUCUAUUGGGAGCUCCGAUUUUGGCAGUCAUUCAGAUUUCGACUUAAAUAUGGAUGAAGUAAACGAAAUAGAUGUGGAAAUAUUGACUCAUUCGGAGAGUGAAAAUGUGGAUUUUGAGAUGGAGGAUGGAGAAGUAAAUGAUGGAACCUCAGCAUCUGAGAAAUUAUGUGCACCUCCCAGGUGGCAUUUUCAUAAUUAUUCACAAUCUCACAAGUUUUCACCCAAGAGGAAGAGUCACAGUGCGUCUGAGCUGCGAAGAGUAGAAAGAAUCCACUGUUGCACACGCUGAGAGAGCGAGAAUGGCGCAAGCUGAUGCAGAAACGUUUCAACAAGUUGCGGGAGCUGCUGUUUGAGGAUGAGAGAGUUUCUAAACGUGCCAUCCUUGAUGAGAGCAUCAAUGAAAUCCAGAAUUUGAGUCAACAAAGCCAAAAACUCUGUAUGGGAAGAAGCUGCUAAUGAAAAAACACAAGGCAUUGUUAAAAAUAAUUUCAGUUCUCUCAGCAGAGAAGAAACUUAAGAAUCAGAAAAGUGGUGAGAAGAAUUGUGAAAGACUAUGAACGUAAUGGAGCCACUGUUUCUACAGG